AUGGAACUUGAAGGCUUCAAUGAGGUGAUCAGUAGCAGCUGGAACAAAAAAUGCAACAAUCCUGGUAAUAAUGCUUUCUCGAUCAUGAAAGACAAGCGGAAAAUUCUCAAAUGCGAUAUUAAAAAUUGGAGAAAAGAUAGGCUCCAUGAUCGCAAUCCAGUGGAAAUCACCAAAGAUAUUGCUGAAGUAGACAUACAAAUAAGCAUAUUUGGAGGUAAUGAUGAUCUUUAUCAGAAAAGGCGAUCUCUCUUGUUAGAACUCCAAUCUUUUGAUCAGAGACGAAAUAGCGACUUGAAACAAAAGGACAAGAUUAAUUGGAGCGUUGAAGGGGACGGAAACUCAAAAUUUUUUCAUGCAUGUAUCAAUAAAAGGAGACGCUCGGGUUCGAUUAAUGGGAUCAAACACAAUGGUCAAUGGAUCACUGUUCCUCCUGAGAUUAAAAAUUAUGAUAUUUCCAACAUGGUUUCUGAUUUUUACCACUGUGCUUUCAUCCCUCCCGGAUGUAAUUCCUCAUUCAUUACUCUGAUCCCCAAGGUUCAGAAUCCGGUUCUCAUCUCUGAUUAUCAUCCAAUUAGUCUCAUUGGGCUCCAAUAUAAAAUUAUUGCCAAGUUACUUGCUACUCGCCUUGCUAAUGUGAUUGAUUCGGUGGUGAGUUCUGAACAGACGGCGUUUAUUAAAGACAAGAUCGAUUUCGCCAAGGCAUACGACUCUCUUUCUUGGGAGUUUUUAUUCUCUAUCCUCACUGCCAUGGGUUUUGGUCUUAAAUGGAGAUCUUGGAUUCAAGCUUGUUUAUCUUCCGCUAAGUCCUCUGUUCUAGUCAAUGGUAGCCCCUCGGAGGAAUUCCCCAUUCGGCGUGGAUUACGACAAGGAGACCCGAUGGCGCCUUUCCUAUAUAUCAUUGCAAUGGAGGAUGAUGUGAUGGUUGUGGGUGAAUGGUCUAACAAGAGCAUGAUUACCAUUUCUAACGCCUUAAGUCAUGGCGUUGGGGUGACAAAUUCUGAAGUGGAGAACCUUGCCCGUAAAACAGGUUGUAAAGCCGAAUCUCUUCCAUUCAAAUAUCUUGGCAUUCCUAUUGGGUGUAGCUCUACACGGAUUGCUACCUGGGAGCCGAUUAUUUCCAAGUUUAAAAAAAAGUUAUCUACUUGGAAAGCUAAUCUUUUAUCUGUAGGGGGUAGAUCAACCUUAAUCACUUCGGGUGGCAAUAGUUCUAAAUGUAAGAUUGCUUGGGUCAAGUGGGGCGCAAUUUUGGCUUCUAAAGAGGAUGGUGGUCUCGGAUUCGGCAGUCUGGAGGCCAUGAAUCAGGCCCUAUUAUACAGAUGGAGAUGGCGGGCUCUUUUAAAUAAUGGUAGUCUGUGGGCUCGAGUUCUAGCAGCUAUUCAUGGGGAAAAUUGUUUUGGUAAUUUAACGGCUAAACAUAAAGGUGUAUGGUCUGGAAUUGUUGAUUCGGCUAGGAGUUUACAUGACAUUCUUUCUUUUGCUUCAGGUAUUAUUAGUCGAAAAGUAGGUAAUGGCUCCUGCACAAAGUUUUGGAAUGACAUUUGGUGUGGAGACUCUCCUUUGGCAGCCAGAUUUCCAAGACUCUACGCACUUCAGUUGGAUAAAAAUUGUUCGAUUAGUGAUUGUUGGGACUAUAUGGGCUGUAAGUGGAACUGGCGUCGUGACAUAAGAUCUGGGUGUGAACAGGAUCAACUGAAUCAGCUCCUUGGUCUUCUACCUUCUGUUCUUGACAUUGACGGGAUGGACACUUGGACGUGGAACUUAAAUGGUAAAACUGAGUUUUCUAUAGCUCAAAUUCGGCAAUGUUUAGACCAUUAUCGGUUGCCCAUCAGCAAUACUAAGAAGACUAAAUGGAAUACUUGGGUUCCUAGGAAGGUGAAUGUAUUCAUGUGGAGGAUGAGACGUGACUGCAUCCCCACAAACAUAAACCUGUUCACUAAAGGCAUUGACGUUAGCACUUUUCGAUGCUUUCAUUGUCAAAAUGGGGUGGAAACUAUUAAUCAUAUUUUUAAUAGGUGUAAAUUUGCGGAUGAAGUCAGACAUAUGCUCAAUUCUUGGAUGAAAGUGGACAUCCCAAAAUUGCCUCCUGAAGCAACUCUCUUAUGGUGGAAAGGAAGAAACAACACGCGCUAUAACAACAAUAUCAGUAACAGCGUGGAUACUUUCAACUCCAUAGUUGCGGUGUCGUUUUUGUGGAACUUUUCGAAAUUAAUUGAUUAUAAGCUCGAUGUUAUAUUUGAGAUGAAGUUGUUGUUGUUGGAUACUCUCAAAGAAAUCAAAUCAAGUUAUGGAGAUGGUGGCUGCUUGCAAUCGGUGUAUAGGAAGAUAAAUGAUGUUUUUUCUUUGAAGGAAAUUUUUGUUAAAGAAGGAGAAGAUGUGGAUAUCUAUCUCAAUAAUAUAUGGUCCAGAGAAGGAGUUGGAAAAGAUAAUGAACUUGUGUUUAAAGAAGAAAACCAUGGUGCAACUUUUGAUAUCAAUAAAUUUAACAAUAUGAGUCAAGAAUAUGAAAUUGAAGUUAAUCUUGAUUCAAAUGAAGCAGAUGUUGAAAUUGAAAGGGAAUAUGAAAUUGAAAAACAGAAUAAUGAAACUGAAGUAGAUGAUGAAAAUAAUGUUGAGAAUCAAUUUAUUCAAGAUUCUGGUGGUAAUUACCUUAAUCAGAGGGCAAUUCUUAAGCAGAAUGAUUAA